AUGCCUGCUUCAGCCUCUACGCGAACUGUAGGCGACAGCAGCAAAAAUGCUUCCACUUCAUCUGUGACAAAUGCUGUGAAGGAUCCAAACGUAACACUUAGCCGUGCUGAUGUGGAAGCGGCCUUCGCUUUUUUUGAUUUGCAUAACCAUAAAUGCCUAAAGCCGGCUACACUUAAGGAACGUCUUUCAGCAUUUUACCCCAAUAUGACAUCAUCCGAGUAUAAAUUCCUUCUUGAUGAAGCGAGUGGCGCCCCUUUUACAGUAGACACGUUAUGGAAUAUUAUUGACAACUUCAACACCACACGGACGGCCAUGCCGCCAGCAGUUGCCGGAAGUUUGCGUUUUGAUCCCAUACGCGAAGCAUUUCGAAUUUAUGAUCCGCAGGGCAGCGGUUCGGUGGAUGUUGUGGUGCUGGCGGAUAUUAUGAAAACUAUUGGAUUUGGGGAUUUGUCACCAAAUGAGUUGACGCUCCUCAUCCGCCCAGCAGAUUUCGAUAACGACGGGAAAAUCAGUUUGGAAGAUUUCAUGAACUUUCUCUCAAAUCAUCGUUAG